AUGCCCGCUUACAACGUCACCCUCAAGAAAGGCGCGUCCAAGGAGGACGUCGAGGCCGCGAAGAAGAAGGCCGUCGACCAGGGCGGCAAGAUCACGAACGAGUUCACCAUCAUCCCCGGAUUCACGGUCGAGUUCCCCGAAGACAAGGUAUCUGUCCUCGAGAGCGACGAGAACCUCACCGUCGAGAAGGAUGCGGAGGUGAGGACGCAGUAG